AUGCUGAACCUGAACCAACCUCCAAACCCGAACGAGAAUCGUUACAAGAUAUUGAUAUACGACGAGUUCUGCAAGAAGAUUAUCGCUCCUUUGAUGUCAGUGAAGGAUCUUCUCAAACAUGGAGUUACACUCCACUCUUCCAUCGAUAAGAAAUUGCUCACCAAUAAGACAAAAAGAGACGAUGUUCCUGAUGUAGCUGUCUACUUUGUUCAACCUACUGAAUCCAACAUCCAGAAAAUCGUCACAGAUGCUUCCUCUUCUCCUCCCUACGUUACCUUUCAUCUAAACUUCUCUUCCUCAAUCCCUCGUACGCUCCUCUACACCCUCGCUUCAGAGACUCUUACUUCAGGUUCCGUUGGAAGAUUUGCGAAGGUGCAUGACCAGUACUUGGAGUUUGUGUCUUUGGAAGAUAACUUGUUUUCUUUGUCACAACCCUCUGUCUAUCUUCAGCUGAACGAUCCAUCACCAGAGGAGGUGAUCGAGAAGGUGGCUGAUGGGGUCUUCUGUGUAUUGGCAACGCUUGGUGUAGUCCCUGUGAUCAAGUGUCCUCGUGGUGGACAUGCGGAGAAGGUGGCGGUUUCGUUGGAUAAGAAACUUAGGGAACAUACCAAUCUGGUUAACGAAGGUGGUAAAGGUUUCAUGCAGCGGCCUUUGUUGUGUAUUUUCGAUAGAGACUUCGAACUCUCUGUUGGGAUACAGCAUGACUUCAGAUACAAACCUCUUGUCCAUGAUGUUUUGGGAUUGACGAAGCUCAAUGGUGGUUCAGACCCGUUUAUGUCGGCAAAUGGUUCUCUAGAGUUUCCACAAGUCGCUGAGGAGAUUGAAACUGAGUUGAAAAAUUACAAGAAAGACGUGGAAGAGGUUAAUAUGAAAACCAACGAGUUUGAUGGAACUAAUUUGAUUGGGAACACAAAGCAUUUGAUGAAUGCUGUGAACUCAAUUCCGGAGUUGACAGCGAGGAAGGAGAUGAUUGACAAACACACCAACAUCGCCACCGAGCUCUUAGGAGAGAUCAAGAAACGGUCUCUGGAUGUGUUCACUGAGAAAGAGAACGAGAUGAUGAUGAAAGGAGGCAGCAUAGACAUGAGCGAGCUUCUAGAUGUUUUAAAUAAGAAAGGUACGAAGAUGGACAAGCUGAGGUUUGCCAUCAUGUACAUACUAUCAUUGAAAACCAUGAACCAGGCAGAGAUUGAAGCCGUGGAAGCUGCAUUGCGUGAAGCAGAGGUCGACACAAGAGCGUUUUAUUACGUGAAAAAGAUUAAGUCGCUGGACUUAUCUUUAACAGCCGCGGCAGACUCAGCAAACGGAAGCAACAUUGUUGACUGGGCUGAGAAGCUGUAUGAUCAGUCUAUAAGCGCAGUCACUGCAGGAGUCAAGAAUCUCUUAUCAAGUGAUCAGCAGCUGGCUGUGGCACGGACCGUUGAAGUCUUGACCAAGGGACAGCCGAAUCCAGAAACCGAUUCAUACCUUAUGCUGGAUCCAAUAGCUUCAAAGACAGGAUCUAGUGUGAAUGGGCCGUUCAGAGAAGCCAUAGUUUUCAUGGUCGGUGGAGGUAACUACAUCGAGUACAACAGUUUGCAGGAGCUGUCGCAGAGACAGGCAAUGGUUAAGAACAUUAUAUAUGGAGCCACUGAGAUGCUUACCGGAAGUGAGGUCGUUGAGCAGCUUUCCCUGUUGGGAGAGAAGAUGGGACUUGAAGAGACAUGA